GCCAUCAGCAGGAGCCAACAACCUGGAAGCGUGGUUCUGAAACCUCCAUUGCUUGCACAGAACAGAGAAAGGAGAAGAUCCCGUAGUAGUAAUAACAAUGGCAUUGGGUUGUCGUUGAGGCCUGGGAUGGUGUUUCUGAAGGGUUACCUUUCACUGAGCGAUCAGCAGAAGAUAGUGGAAAGGUGCAGGGAGUUGGGGAUGAGCGUGGGAGGAUUCUACCAGCCUGGCUACGAGGAAGGGACUAAGAUGCAUUUGAAGAUGAUGUGCCUCGGAAAGAACUGGGAUCCUCACACCUCUCAGUACGGAGAACGACGACCAUUCGACGGAGCAAAACCCCCCCAAAUCCCUCCCGAGUUUCAGACAUUGGUCACCAAUGCACUUCGUGAUUCCAACGCCCUCGUUCCUCAAAAUCGCCUUCCCUCCAUCUCGCCCGACAUCUGCAUUGUCAAUUUUUACUCCCAAACUGGCCGUUUGGGUCUUCAUCAAGACAAGGAUGAAAGUGAAGACUCUCUUCGCCGAGGCUUGCCCGUCGUAUCCUUCUCCAUCGGAGACUCUGCACAGUUCCUCUAUGGAGAUCACAGGGAUCCCGACAAGGCAGAGAAACUGCAACUCGAAUCUGGGGUUAGCGUUAUUCAUCCAAACUCUGCUCCCAACCUCUUGCUGCAACACACUAAUCUACGCCCUGGUCGCUUGAAUCUCACUUUCAGACAGUACUAAUGGUUGCUGAGAGCGAAACCUGGAGCAAUUGUUUGCAGGGUCGCCCAAUCUUUCGUACGUUUUGGUACCAAAUACAUGCCUCCAGAGGUGAGGAGGACCUUGGCCUUGUCCGUGUUUUGGCAGACUAUACUAUCAAGCACCACUUUCCUCAUAUUGUGAAGGCUUAUCUUUCUCCACUGGUGAUGAAGAUCAUUCUGUUGUAGACCUUACUUCAAACAAGUAUGCAGCGCUGAGACCUUCUCAGGUUCUCGAAAACUUCCUCAACGGGAAUGUUCUCCUGCAUUCGACAGAUAACAAAAAACAACACCACAAAGAAAUGAAAAACAGCACAACCCAUCAUCGCAAUGAAACCAAAAAAGGCACAGCGAGGAAGAGACUCAAAGAGGCUUAUAGUGAUUUAGAUCUGUUACAGUUUCCUUCAACACAGCCUCUAACACUUGGGACUUGUCUCCCACGGUAGACCACUUCUUCUUCCCCUCACAACUUUGUCAAACUGCGAACAUGAUAAAAACAGCUCAGAAAUCAGAAGAAGGCGUGCACAGCACAAACGGUGGGAGCUGACAGCAGAAAUACUAGCAUAUUACACAAAGAAAGAUAAAGAAAGAAAGAACAGGAAAAAGAAAAAUGUUUGCAGUGAAGUUGGAAUUUUUUAUCUUCUUUUUUCUCUCAAAAAUGGAAAUUUAGGAAAGUGCUUUAUAAAUGUAUAAAAAGAACAAAAAUAUUUCAUUUAAUUCCCACUCACUAGUUAUUUCGGUUGUAAUAAUAACCUUGUCUCUAUUUAUUGGUUUUAGUAAAAUACGACUUAUUUGAUUUUUAA